CAGCCUUACAUUUCACGAACCUUGUACACUAACUAUUUUGCCGAGAAUGGACGCGCUAAGGGCAGCAAUUUCAAGCGAGACCAAGAAGCGCAAACAACAGUUCGACAAGGUCGCUGCAAAGAACGCCGAGAGGAGCGGUGAAAAGCGCAAAAAGUAUGUGCGCGCUAGCGAACUUGCUGAAGAGGAGUACAGACAGAACGGAGGAGCUCCAGCCAGACCUGUGCCAUCAUUUGCGCCACAGGAAGUCCCUGCAGAUACAAAGAACGAGGACGUGCCGGUGGUUGCCGAAGCCGACGAGCCAAAGGUCAGCAGCGCGAUCAAGCAACGAGGAGGUGAUCAAGCGGCUACCCGGCUACGCAAUCUGGAGCUUCACGAGGAGAAGCUCGAUGGGCAGGGGAACGAGUUCCGGCGUAUGUUGGCGCAGGUGGAGGAAGGCGCGAUGAUGGCGGAUCUGAAGCGGCAGGCGAAGAUGCAGGACGACGAGGAGGAGAGACGGAGAGCACAGUACGCCCAGUUAAAGGAAUACGACACAGACAAAGUCUCGUUGGAGCUGCUGCGGACGGACGCAGAGCAGCUCAACACAUUGCUGCAUGCGUACUUUAAGCGGACUCUUUAUGAGUGGGAGGACUAUCUGGCGAACCGGCCCGAGGACGAGCAAAGGUCAACUGAGGGCAAGUUGGCAGCGGCGACGAUGCGGCAGUCGGCAGACUACCUGAAGCCAUUCUUCAGCGGGUUGAAGCUGGGCAAACUCGAGGCCGAUGUGGUGGCACGGGUGACGGAGAUUGCACGCAACAUGAUGGAUCGCGAGUACAUGAAGGCACAGGACGCGUAUCUGCAGCUGUCUAUCGGCAAUGCGCCGUGGCCAGUCGGCGUGACGCAGGUCGGUAUUCAUGCGCGAGCGGCCAGAGAGAAUAUCUCGGCAAGCAAGGUUGCGCAUGUACUGAACGAUGAGACGCAGCGCAAAUGGAUCCAGUCGAUUAAGAGGCUGAUGCGGUUUGCGCAGACAAAGUAUCCGCCAGACGACCUGGCCAAGAUGGUUGGAUAGAAGAUGGUUGUGAGUGUAAUGCUAUUAACUAGUAAAGG